UAUAAGUGGCUGAGAAAAAAAUAUGUAUCUAUGGGUUAAAGUGAUUUUGAGGUUAAAUUCUACUGCAAUUUUUACUCUUCCUAAUGCUAUUUCAGAAUUUUUCUGACCACAUUUUUUAUGUUUAUUGCCAUAACAGAAAGAGCAGAGUCAGGGAGGAGAUGGAUCAGAGGCCAGCAGCAGGGACAAGGAUGUAGGGUCUUUACAGGUGAGGCAGCAGUCUGCAGCAGCUUCCAGCUCUUCGGUGCUUCCCGGCGGGCAGAGAGCAGCUCAGUGGACCGGAGCAUGUUGGUGGGUCCCGGGCUGAUGAUGGCCUGGGUUUGGCCCGCUUUGGUGCUUCUAGCCCGGCUCACCACGGCAGAGGAACCGCGUCGGGACGCACACGGAGCUUUGGCCGGCUCUGAGGCGCUGUUCUCGGACUCCGAGCCGCCGAUGGAGACCCGCAGCGGAGGAGGCUUCCUGCCGGUGCCGGUGUGGAAGUUUGUGAAAGAUGCUGCAGACGAAUCAGAUUUGGGCCGACCACAGUUUCUCUGCAGCAACACGUCCCUCUCUGUUCGCUUGUCGCUCAUCCGACACUCUGACCUGCGUCUGCAAGAUGGGAGGUUGCCGUCGCUGCAGCAGGGAUGUGGUGGUUCUGUUGGGACCGUGGGGCCGUGGUUGCUGCUGAAGCUGCCUUACACCAGCUGCCAUGUGUCAUCACAGGUUUCAAACGGAACGUGGUUCCACCAGCUGAAGCUGCGUUACUUCGACCACCUGCUGCGGGAGAACAUGACAGCUGUGGUCACCUGUGAGGAUCCUGCAACGUUGAGCCUGCCAGCAGUGAGCUGCCAGAGCACAGAUGUGGCUGUGAAACUGCCUCUGGGAAGCAGACUGCAGAAGGUGAAGGCUCUGGGGAAAGACGUGGUGGUUGGGAGGGUGCAGACCAGCACUACUCCAGGACCAGUGUUGGUGCAGAUCUCCACACCGGCAGACAAGGACUCCACGUUUGAAGUGAUCUAUUUGGACUCGGCUGGGGAGACGUGCACGAUGCUGGCGGCUUGUUUCAGUGCAGCCAGAGGAGAUGGGCCGGAUCGUCGGCGCAGAGGUCUGCAGGACCAGUGGGACCAGGUGGUGAAUCCUCAUUCAUUCAAUGCGGAACCAACACAUAGGACUGUGGAGACUAAAAUGAUGGGAACAGUGGAACCUCCAUGUGAGGACUACCCACAAUAUUUUGGUAUUUGGGAUAACCACUAUUCUGAUACAACUACUAAAAGAGUUGAGACUGUUACAGUUCCAACAGAUGAACCUUGUGAUGAUGAAACAACCACCCUGUAUGAUCAAGCCACCACUGUCUGUCUCACCAGCAUGACCACAACAACAACAGUUGUGUCAACUGUAACACCUUGUGAUGAUCAGACAACAUCCCCAUUGACAAAACCCAAAACUCGCACUAAGAAAAAGCCCAGGCGUCUCGGUCCCCAUUGGAUGAGAUGGCCCAUAACGCACACUAAGAAAAGGCUGAGGCAUCCCAGCAGGCCCUCCAUGCCUGUGACAUGGCGUCGCGGUCCCCGUCCCCCCAGGCGUCGCGGUCCCCGUCCCCCCAGGCGUCGCGGUCCCCGUCCCCCCAGGCGUCGCGGUCCCCGUCCCCCCAGGCGUCGCGGUCCCCGUCCCCCCAGGCGUCGCGGUCCCCGUCCCCCCAGGCGUCGCGGUCCCCGUCCCCCCAGGCGUCGCGGUCCCCGUCCCCCCAGGCGUCGCGGUCCCCGUCCGCCGCGGAUGAGAUGGCCCAUAACGCACACUAAGAAAAGGCUGAGGCGUCCCAGCAGGCCCUCCAUGCCUGUGACCAGGCGUCGCGGUCCCCGUCCGCCGCGGAUGAGAUGGCCCAUAACGCACACUAAGAAAAGGCUGAGGCGUCCCAGCAGGCCCUCCAUGCCUGUGACCAGGCGUCGCGGUCCCCGUCCGCCGCGGAUGAGAUGGCCCAUAACGCACACUAAGAAAAGGCUGAGGCGUCCCAGCAGGCCCUCCAUGCCUGUGACCAGGCGUCGCGGUCCCCGUCCGCCGCGGAUGAGAUGGCCCAUAACGCACACUAAGAAAAGGCUGAGGCGUCCCAGCAGGCCCUCCAUGCCUGUGACCAGGCGUCGCGGUCCCCGUCCCCCGCGGAUGAGAUGGCCCAUAACGCACACUAAGAAAAGGCUGAGGCGUCCCAGCAGGCCCUCCAUGCCUGUGACAAGGCGUCGCGGUCCCCGUCCCCCAGGCGUCGCGGUCCCCGUCCCCCCAGGCGCCCUCCAUGCCUGUGACGAGGCGUCCCCCCAGGCGUCGCUUGCCCCCGAGGCGUCCCCCCAGGCGUCGCUUGCCCCCGAGGCGUCCCCCCAGGCGUCGCUUGCCCCCGAGGCGUCCCCCCAGGCGUCGCUUGCCCCCGAGGCGUCCCCCCAGGCGUCGCUUGCCCCCGAGGCGUCCCCCCAGGCGUCGCUUGCCCCCGAGGCGUCCCCCCAGGCGUCGCUUGCCCAGGCCCACGAGACCCUCCCGGCCCAAGCCCCGGCCCACGAGACCCUCCCGGCCCAAGCCCCGGCCCACGAGACCCUCCCGGCCCUCUGGCAGGCCCAAGCCCCGGCCCACGAGACCCUCCCGGCCCAAGCCCCGGCCCACGAGACCCUCCCGGCCCAAGCCCCGGCCCACGAGACCCUCCCGGCCCAAGCCCCGGCCCACGAGACCCUCCCGGCCCAAGCCCCGGCCCACGAGACCCUCCCGGCCCAAGCCCCGGCCCACGAGACCCUCCCGGCCCUCUGCCGUUGA